UAUCACACAGUCUAUGCUGCCCUUGAAGAGUUAAACCUUGCUUCCUUGAAACAUUUUUUCAAGAGGCAUUGUCUCGAGGAUGAAACGCUGAAUCUCAUGAAAUCCGAGGAGGAACUCAAAAAUGUUUUAUUCAAUAAUUUGGGUUUACCCUUCGGUCAAGCAUUCAGGUUUAGCAGGAACUGGUUUCAGAAGUACCAUAAGCACAAAGAAACAACGUCAAUCAAUAGCCAAAAGGAAAGCAAAAACAUCGGUGGAAGCACUGUGAAAAUUGUUGCAAAAGACGGGUCUUGGGGUAGUAAACGUGCCUCCAAAAAUCAAACUGAGGAAAGUAAGAGUUUUAACACACCAAAUGAGAUUCAAUACCUUGCAGAGGACCGAGAAAAGAGUGCUAAUUUAACCUUAGACGGAGAUGACAUCUCCGAAGUGCAGAACGGGAACAGGAAUUUAAGCAUUAAAACUUUGAUGAUGAAAGAAGGAGUUGUUAUUCAAGACUCUCCUUCCAAUGAUACUGAAGAGUCUGUAACCAGUCAGUGGCUGAAAUCCAAGCAGGAUGCAGGGGAGCAGAAAGCGUGCGAAAACACAAAGACCGAUGCGCGCUUUGAAGUCUUUAAGGAAGAGUGCGCGGUGUCCGGUGUUGUUGGUUUGUUCUGA